AUGGAACAAAAUAGUCGCCAAGAUGAAGUCUCGAUCACUACUGUGAAAGAAGAGCCUUUGAUAAGACUUGAUGAUGAAGAAGAAGAAGAGAAUAUUGUUUGCGGCGGCGGCUGUGCAUGCAGUGUGGUGCCACAACCAAUGGAAGGGCUUAGAGAAAUGGGGCCAUCGCCAUUUUUGAAGAAAACAUUUGAGAUGGUAGAUGACCCUGCAACAGAGGCCAUCAUUUCAUGGGGCUCUAUGAGGAACAGCUUCAUUGUGUGGGAUCCCCACAAAUUUUCGACUGAUUUGCUCCCUAAAAACUUCAAGCACAACAAUUUCUCAAGCUUUGUUCGUCAGCUCAACACCUAUAGUUUCAGGAAGAUUCAUUCAGACCGAUGGGAAUUUGCAAACGAAGGUUUUCAGCAAGGGAAGAAACAUUUGUUGAAGCAUAUCACAAGGAGAAAGAAAAGUCCUCAAAUCAUACCGCAGCAGAGGGCAGCACAAUCUUGGUUAAGUGUCCCCAAGAACGGUGCGGAGGCUGAGGUUGAAAAACUAAGGACAGACCAGAAUGUACUGAAAGCAGAAAUCUCGAAACUAAGGCAGCAGCAAGGGGAUAUGGAGCAUUAUUUAGCGACUAAAUUCAUUGAGAAAAUGAGAAAGAAAAGGGCAUUAACCGGUGGUGAAAUCUUGAAGAAACGACGAUUGGAUGCUCCCAAUUUAAGUAAUGGUGGUUUACUGGAAGCUAUGAGAACCAUUGAUAUUGAUGAGGUUGCUGAUACAAAUGCUGAUGAAAGGAGGCUUCAAGUUCAAGAAGAGCUUACUACAGUUCAAUCAGAAAUUCUAAAGUUUUUCUCUUCUGAUGAAUCAAAUAGUUCUUUGUCAUCUGAGAAUUUUGUCUUGUGGGAGAAACUCAUGGAAGAUGAUAUGAUUUACGAUGCAGAGCAAGCAGAAGAAGAAGCCGAAAGGCAACAACUGGAUAUGGCCUGGUCAUACCGGUAUCUACUGAAUAAUUACCGAGGAAGGCAAAUGGAAACUGCUGGUGGUCUGCUCUCUUCAAAUGAUAGACCCUCUCUUAAUUGCCCUUUAUGGUCAUGGAAUCGUGAUGCUUAUUCACUCGAUUUGGCUUCUGUGUUGCAUUAG